CUGCACACUCUCCGUGAUCUUUGAUAGCUGCGUAUUGUGUGUCUUUGUGUUCUCUCCUCCGGUAAGAUGGCGGAUCCGCAGCUCAGGCAAAUAAAGAUCAAGACUGGCGUGGUGAAGCGAUUGUAUAAAGAUAAAGUUAUGUAUGAAAAAGAAGCCAAACAGAAAGAAGAAAAGGUAGAACGGAUGAAGACUGCAGGAGAAGAUGAAUACGUCCUUAAAAAGCAGAAUGAAGUAUUGCAGGAAUCUCGUAUGAUGAUCCCAGACUGCAGCCGUAGGCUAGAAGCAACAUCCACAGAUCUUGCACAAAUUCUAGAAAAUGAAAAAGAAUUGGAAGAGGCAGAAGAAUACAAAGAUGCUCAUGCCAUGCUGGACUCUGUAAAGUUAGAAGCCUGAAUACCCUUCAGAUCCCCAUUGUUAUGCCUUGAUACCAUUCCACUGUCCUAUCUGACAAUUGGGAAACUGAAUGCAAUUCUAUAAACUUGCAUAAAUAUAUAAGGACAUGUUAAGAUUCCAGUUCUGUAGCUUCAGGGUGUUGAGAAUAAAUGGCUUUACAUAAUAAAAAAAAAAAAGAAAAAUUAA